AAAAAAAAUAAUUACUAGUCAAACAAAUUUUAUUGCCACCACAAUAAUUUAGACUCAAAAUGAAACAGCCACCCAAGACAGUGUCACCACAAACUGAUCUGUCACUAGAAAAUGCGUUUAUUUUGAAUUAGUUUGUAGUUUGGGUUCGACCGUUGCACCAAAAUUUUUGUCUUCACAUCACGCUCCUCCGAUUUUCCAUCCAAGUCCCACGCCAGAUACUGCUUUUGCCAAAUCAGAAUUAUCGCUAAUCAUCAAUUUAAAUAAUGAAUUCGUCAAUUAAGCACUAGUUAUUGCAUUAGUGAAGCUCUAAUUUUUCUCAUAAUCUUCGUGCUUUUCAAUUUAAACCUUCCAUAGAUUAUGGCAGCGGGAUCAUUGACUGAACUGUAGCAUUUUGAAUUUGAGUGUGUUUGUAUGAAUUAUUACUAUUAUUUUUGGUCGAGGCAAAGGGUUGAUUGUGAAAUGUUGAGUAGACGUGUCGUAAGAUGAUAGGUGGAGGGUUUCAGAUGAGACAAAUCAAGAAUUUCAAAACCGAAAACAACAGUAUAUAUAAAAUGGUUCUAUUCUAAUCUCUUGCUCUUCGUGAACUCUAAUUCCAUCGCAGGCGGUGGUGGCAAGCAUUGCAUUAAUUCAUGCUCUUGGUGUUCGUGAUAACAUAGACAACUGAGGAGGAGGGCUAAAAUGAUGAAGAAUCAACCGUCACAGUGGUGGUGGCUUGAGAGCCACAGUAACACAAGACGAUCCCCUUGGCUUCAAUCCACUCUCACAGAGCUAAAUGAGAAGACAAAGGCAAUGUUAAAACUAAUUGAAGAAGAUGCAGAUUCCUUUGCCCAACGUGCUGAGAUGUAUUACAAGAAGAGACCACAACUUGUGAGCAUGGUUGAAGACUUCUAUAGGACACAUCGAUCAUUAGCUGAGCGGUAUGAUCAAAUCGCUGGAAUUCGUCAGCAGAAGACUGGAGGGUCCCCCUUUUCUCCACUCAAGCAUCAUCAACCAGAGAAGUUGAUAAGUUUUGCGAAUGACUGUUAUGAUAGCUAUUCUGAGAGUUGUGAUGUAGAGGAGUCUGGGGAAUCUGAAAUUGAUGAUCCUGAGCAAGAAGAGGAUGAGGAUUCCAUAUUCAAUAACUGUGCAGAACUGGAGGAAGUUCAGUUUGAGAGACUUGGUGAAGAAAACAAGGAUCAUAAGGGUCAGAACAAGCAAAAAUAUAACAUUUACGAAGCAGUGAUGUUGAGGGAAGAAAUAGAGCAACUCAGAAAAGAGAACAGGGUUCAGAAGGAUGAACUCGACCGGAAAAGCAUCACUUUUGUUGAAUUAAUGAUGCUGAGGGAAGAAAUAGAGCAACUAAGAAAAGAGAAUAGAGCACAGAAGGAUGAACUCAACCAGAAAGAUAUCAUUUGUGGUGAAGCAAUGAUGUUGAGGGAAGAAAUAGAACAACUCGGUAAAGAAAAUAGAGUUCUGAAGGAUGAACUAAGCCAGAAAAGUAUCAUUUGUGGUGAAGUAAUGAUGUUGAGGGAAGAAAUAGAGCAAUUCAGAAAAGAGAAUAGAGCGCAGAAGCAUGAACUCAACCAGAAAGAUAUCAUUUGUGGUAAAACAAUGAUGCCGAGGGAAGAAAUAGAGCAACUCUGUAAAGAGAAUAUAGUUCUGAAGGAUGAACUAAACCAGAAAAGUAUCAUUUGUGGUGAAGUAAUGAUGUUGAAGGAAGAAAUAGAGCAACUCAGGAAAGAGAAUAGAGCGCAGAAGGAUGAACUCCACAAGAAAGACAACAUUUGCAGUGAAAUAAUGAUGUUGAGGGAAGAAAUAGGGCAAUUGGGAAAAGAGAAUGCAGCGCUGAAGGAUGAACUCAACAAGAAAUAUAUCAUUUGUGGAGAAAUAAUGAUGUUGAGGGAAGAAAUAGAACAACUCAGGAAAUAUAUUAGAGGGCAGAAGAAUGAACUCCACCAGAAAGGUAUCAAGUGUGAAGUAACGAUGUCGAGGGAAGAAAAAGAGAAUAGAGUGAAGAAUGAUGAACUAAACCCAGAAGACAGCGUUUGUGGUGAAGUAGUGAUGUUAAGGGAAGAAAUAAAACGACUUGAAAAAGAUGAAAGAGCACUAAAAGGUACCCUUUCUGGUGAAGUAAUGAAGUUAAGGCAGGAGAAUAGCGCGCAGAAGGACCAUCUUAAGCAAAAAGACCAAGAGAAAAUAGAGGUGAUAAGACACCUGAGUUUAGCUAUAGAUAUGCUGAAGCAGGAGAACAUAAGGAUGAGAAGCUUCAUUGCUAAGGAAUCUGCCAACAAAUGGAAGAAUCCAUUUGGGUUAAAGAAUUUCAUGGGAUCAUUAUCAGAGCAGUUGUUUAAUGGAAUUACAAAUAAUCAACCUAGUCUUGUAGCUCUCUAGAUAAGGUUCACAGAGUAAAUAACUAAGUUUUGUAGAACAAUAUUAAAAGAGACCUAUGUACAUGUUAUGGGGACCUGCUCAAGUAACCUACAGAUCUUGUAUACAGUUUAGUAUAUUCCUAACUAAUCCAAGACCGAGUAUCUAGUGGAUUUCCUAGACACUUGUUUUUCUACA